AGUUAUACAGUGUAUUUUCAGUCUGUUAAGGCAUCCCAAUGGAUAGCACACAAGAAACAGAUUUCUUAGAAUUAAUGGCUGGACCGUCGGACACAGUCGACGACUUGAACACCCAGCAGGUUACGGGCGGGAACCAACAUGUUUCUUCGGUCAAACCGAAAGAAAAGACCCGUAAAACUAAGACCGUUUCUCGACAAGAAUUUGUCGACGUAACGGAAAAGCUAGCCGUAAUGGCAGAAGCUAUUGAAAAUAUUCAAACGGCCAUCCUCAGUCCACCUGCCGCAAAGCGGCCGCGCCUAGCGUCGGAGUCUGACUCUGAUAAUACAAGUGCCUCAAAGGCCAUAGAUGAACUGCUCAAAGAAUCAGUUCUCGAUUCAGAAAAUACAGGCCAGGACGACCAGCUGUUAAACAAUUUCGAACAGCUAUACACAGAGGAUGCCCCGACUGCUGCUGCAGUCAAUGAAAAAUUGGCUAAGGUCAUUGAUAAAAUGGUGCGUAACAAGCUACCAGAAGAUAAGGCUGCUGAAAAGCUUAAGGCCCUCCAACGACCAACCAAUGUAAAAAAUCUGGAAUGUACACGAGUCAAUCCAGAGGUCUGGAGCUCUUUGAAGCCGAAAACUCGGUCACAAGACAUAAAGCUGCAAAAAGUGCAGCAAGCACUCAUGAAAGGAGUGGUGCCUAUCGUGGGCGUAAUAAAUUCGCUCAUGACGCGGCUAAAUGGGUCAGCUGCAGGUACUGAUAAUCUAGAUGUUAAGGGUGAAAUCACCAAACUGCUUGACGCGAUAGCAGUGAUCGGGCAUGCCAACCACGAGCUCAAUAUGAGAAGACGUGAGUUAAUUAAGCCUGACUUAAACAAACAGUUUUCUGGCCUGUGUUCAUCACAUGUUCCAGUAACUGGGCUCCUGUUUGGGGACAAUUUACCGCAACAAUGUAAAGACAUCCAACAAACGAACAAAAUUGGACAGAAAGUUGGAUUCUCUACUGGAUCGCGGGGGACCGACAACAAGGGUUCCCUACACAGAGGGAACUUGGCUAGUGCCGGCAGAAGACGCGGUAGCUAUUUAAACUAUCAGCGUUACAGCAAGCACCAGGGAUCUCGGUGGAAUCACAAACCGCAGCCAUCAGCAGGAGCCAAAAAGUAGAUUUGCCAAGCAAAAAACUGACUCCAUCCGUGGCAAGAGCGGCUACAACUGAUGGCAUGCCAUUUGUCCGGGAAAACCUGCAACGUCAGGGAAUUUCACAAGACGCUGC